AAUUUUCUAAUUGGCAAGUAGAUUGAAGAGCAAAAUCUCGGGGCUCCCAUUCACUGCUGCCACAUUGUUCACCAAGAAAUUGCUGUGAGCUGAACUGGUUGCAUAGGUUUUCAGAAAUGCUAACGGUGGAGUUCGCUCGUCGGUAUUUUGAUUGUAAGGCUGGAGUAUUCAUGGAAUUCGACCAAGGUACCCCGAGAUGGAAAACAAAUGUAUGUGGAUAGAUAAACCAAAUGAAGAUAUAAACUAGGAAUUUUAUCAGCCUCUGCAGGAUUGACAAAACCAUUGAUCGUUAAUGGCCCCUGUAGACACCAAAACAUAUUUCUGUCAGCAUGUUAGAAAAUUGUACAACUUUGAGUCCCUCCAUGACAUCGCAACAUGGAUGAAUAUGUUCAAAUAGCAAAAGAAAUCCACCAAAAGCUCACAUUGAAAAACCAAGACACGACACCUUGCCGGACCCGUAAUGCUUCUCCAACUUUUUGCAGGCAGCUCGAAACCGGACUCGGGUUGCUGAGGUAUAUCAGGCGACCUGAGAUCAUCCUGAGAAGUUCUUUCGGCAACUGAGACCAAUCGGGAUCCAUUCUCAUCUAGGCCGGGGGUGCCGUCAAAGGCUUGAAGCGCAGUCCUCCGUGUGGCGGGUUCCUCCACUGCUGAACGAACUAACAAACAGGUUGACUGCACAAAUAUUGCGUUACAGUAAACUGAGCUGUGAGCCGUAGUGUAGAGAUACGAGAGCUUCAGCGAAAAUCUGAAUCCAGAGGAGCAUGCAACUGCUAGCUAAGAGCUACUGCUGACGGCGGCAAUGACGGCAAUGCUGAUUUCUUUGAACUCCGGAUCAUUGAUGGGUCCCUUGAGAAGAAGAAGACGACCAAGUCAACAAAGCGAGACACGGGAGGCGUAGGCGUGCCUGCGUGGAUUGGACUCCUGAUUGACCGGCCAACAGCAUCUCCAAACGUGUGAAAAUGAACGGUUGGAGAAUGUCUGCGUUUUUCUUUAUCUUUUUGAUUCUCUGUGGAAACCCACAUUUGAAUCUCGAUUCCGCAAAAGCCAACGAACUCAGACAGGGGAACUCGACACAAAGAUAAAACAAAACCAAGUCCCAAGAUUCCAUUUCCCUUGUAGCACGUUUAAGUUUUUCUUUAUAAUUCCCCAUUGACCCAUGCCCACCUUCUUCGGGAAGGCAUCCUCCAUCUGAUUGACAGGACCACAUAGUUCAAGAAAGCAGCCAUUGCCGGUUGCCACUAGCUGCAGGGUCUUUCCAGCGAGCAAUAGCAUCUUCAUUUGAUUGCUCUUCAAUGUCCAGAUUUGAUGUGAGAGUGCCCGGCAAUGGAUGGAACUCGGCGGGUCCUUACUGAGUUGUACUCAUUUUGGAAACAGUGGAAACAUUUCACCUGUUUGUUGAUUCGCUUCCUCAGAUGCAUGUACAGAGGAGAUAACCCGCAGGACACAGAAGCAGUGCUUUGAUCAUCAGCUCAGGAUGGCCGUGGAGCCUGAUUGGCCUCAGUUGCCCAAAGAACUUCUGGAGAUGAUCUCGGAUCGGCUAACCGGACUAGGCGAUCAUGUCCGAUUUCGAGCUGUCUGUCGAAGUUGGGCAAGCAUCAGACCUCCUUCCAGGGUACCUCAUCAAAUGCCAUGGCUACUCCACCCUUGUAAUCAGGACACUGAUAGAAGAACUUUUGUCAGCAUUUGGGAGAACAAGUUCUACCGAUUCAGCUCACGAGAAUUUCUUGGCAAAAGAUGCUGUGGUUCCUCUUAUGGUUGGCUGGCAUUGCUAGAUGGAACUCCUGAAAUUUUACUCUUUAAUCCACUCACUGAAGAGAAAAUUCUUCUCCCAAGCUUGACGAGAUUGCCGGAGGUCCUUGAGUUUCACGAAAAGGAUGAGGAAUACCUCUAUCAAGAUUUUAUGGGGGAGCACCACACUGUAGACAUGAAUAUCAUGAAGAAUUUCUUUGUCCACCGUAUAGCCUUGUCAGGAGAUCCUACUUUGGUAAACCAGAAUUCUUGGGCAGCACUGUGCUAUGAUUUAAGAGCAAAUAGACUGGCUUUUUGUAAGAUACAUGAUAAAUCAUGGACUGUGCUCCAAGACCAACCAUCGAGAUAUGUUGACUUUCUCAUUCACAAAGAGAAACUAUAUGCAGUGGAUUCCACUGGGAGAGUGAUUAUAUGUGACUUAGGUUCCCCUGAGAAUUUGGUCAUUGUUCAGCCUGUAUCAGUAUCUGGAUCUCGCCGCAGAUAUUUGGUUGAACUAAGAGGAGCCUUGCUAAUGGUUUGCGUGCCAAUGGAUAACGUGGUCAACUUAGCUGAGGAAGAAAACUUUUAUGAGGCACUGCUUGAUAGUGACUAUUCUGUUAUUUAUGACUCUGAAGAUGGUGGCAGAAGACCUCUCCACAUGGAAUAUAAGAACAGAGCUCUUUGGUUCCAUGUCUUCGAAUUGGAUGAGGUAGAGCGAAGAUUGGUGAAGGUGAACAACUUGGGCAACCAUGCCCUGUUCUUGAGUCAAAAUUAUUCCCUGUCCUUGUUGGCUUCUGAAGUCCCAGGUUGCAGGGGAAACUGCAUUUAUUACCUUGAUGGUUUCACUGUGAAAGGGGGCACCAACACGAAGAAAGGUUACGAAUUAUGCAGAUUCAACUUGAAGAGUGGAGCUACUCAAUACAUAAUUACACUUGUCUUACAUGUACCCGAUCACUGUCACCCCUUUGGACAGGACACUUGGUUUAUCCCCUCAUCUGUAGCCAACUGGAUGCCUAAACAAAGCUCUCAAUUGGCGGCAGAAGACUCGAUUACAUGGAUUCCAAAUGUCAAAGGAAACUUCUUCAUCAAAUCCGCGCUGGACAUAAAUGGCCAGAUUUCCUUUCCAGGACCCCUAAAACCCCACGAGUGGAAAGCUCUCAUGCAAGUGAACUUGCCUCGGAGACUCCAGUUGCUGCUAUGGAGGGUGGCAUGUGGAGUUCUACCAGCCAAAAUGGUUGCUAAGACUCGGUACCUUGUUCCUGAAUCUCCUUGUCCGUUCUGCCAUCAGGUGAGAGAGUCUUUAGAGCAUCUCCUCCUUUCCUGUCAAUUUACACAAGCAGCGUGGUUGAACUCCGCAUGGCCCCUGCACAUUUCAGCCUUAGAGAAUACUAGAUUAGCAGAUUGGAUUCGAAUAGUUGUCAAUCCAAGCAAUGUGCUUGGCAUCAAUGGUAAUGAAGCGAAAAAGUUCCUCGCUUAUGUUGUUAUGUUCGUUGUCCAUCUUUGGGGGCUCCGAAAUUGGUUAGCGGCCAGUGGAGAGGAGGGCCAACCCUUGGUGUUUGCUCGUGCCCUUAAUGUGAACUAUGGACGUUUCUUGCAAGUGUGGGACUUCAGGCAAGAAAGCGAGUUUCGUGGCGCAAAAUGGGUCCCUCCUCCUCGAAAUAAAGUCAAGGUGAACUUCGAUGUGGCAAUUUGCCUAGAUUUCGCUAUGCUAGCCAUGACUUGCCGGGACAAUGAAGGCAGGUUUCUCCUUGCUUGGACUGAGAGACUGCCUGCUUGCGACCUCAUUGUUGGAGAAGCCAAGGCUGCUUUCUUGGCUGUUUCUACUGCAAUUGAAUAUGGUUUCACUAAGAUCAUAGUGGAAGGCAACGAUCCAGCAGUAAUCCAGCCGUUGCAGCACUGGAAAACUCCUCCCUCUCGAGCCAUCGCCAAUGUAAUUGCUGAUAUCAGGACUCUGCUCGGUUCGACUGUAUCGUGGCGUGUGACCUACGUAUCUGUAAUGGAAAAUUUAGCCACCCAUAAUCUUGCCUGUUGGGCUGCUUUUUAUGAUAGGAGUGGCUCUAUACCAGUCACUUCUCUCCCUUUUUGUGUCAUCUAUGCCGACGACAGAGGUUGCCACCCGAUGUCGGGAUCCAAGCAAGCACGCGAAUGGAGCGGAAACUAUAGGCCGACCCAUCCUUAUUGAAGUUCUUGAUUAUAGCAAGCAAGUUGCUUGCCUUUUUCCUGCUUUUGCGUAGGGACUUCAGCGAUGGAUGCGAUGGAAAAGCUUAAGGUAUGGCGCAUUUGAGAAAUGAAUCUGUCAUUGCUUGACCAUUCACUAAUCUUGAUAAACUUAUCUAGUUAUCUGUCCUCUCCAUGCUCUUGUACCUCCCUGUCUCUCUUUCGUUCAUUGCAGGCUUUCCCAUCUUAAGGUAAUCGCAGCAGACAUAUAAACCCACUGUAGAUGACUGUAAUUAUCAAUU